AGUUACAUCUGAAACUAACUCGCUAUGAAGCCACCAAAAGCAAGCUUUAACGUUCAUGAUACAAAAGGAGAGAGGACUGACAUUUGAAUCAAAAAAUAUGGAGAUGUGGGAGCUUAUCCACGAUGGUCGCAGAUAUAUGUUCAAUAACAGGAUAUCAAACGUUACACAAAUCAACCAGCCCUCGCAGUUCUAUGGCGGCAUAAUUGCUGAUCCAAUGGGACUGGGAAAAGCCCUAGCGAUGGUUGCAGACCCUAAGUUUUCUAUCAUUCGAGACACAGACACAGCGACUAGGUUACAUUCGUAACUCUGAUUAUUAUACCACCGCCGCGUUAGUAAUAGUACUCUAUUUAUCACUUGUUACAUUAAUACCAUGAAGCUAACUGAUCUCUACGCCAGUUAACUCAGUGAGUGUAUCAACGUCCUAUAAGUCAGCAUGCCAGGUCACUAAC